ACCACGGUUUUCUUGGGUCCGGUAAUAAACUUUGACCGCGAAACACAAAAUCACCACCCCAUUAUCCAAAGCACACUCUUCAUUAUUCCCUCGGAAUUUACUCCAAAUUCACCUCUCUUCUCAAACCCACUUCAUAACCACAUUAAACUUAUUUUUAACUUUUUUUACCUUCUUUUCUCUGGUUUUAAUGGCGGAUAGUGAAGAACGGGACCACUGUGGUUUCUCUCAGUUACUGUUAUCUAACGAUCAUGAUCAUGUGGGCCCAACUCAGUGUUUUGAUCAUGACUCGUCUGUAAAGUUUCCUAAAAUGCUUUGUUUUGGAGGUUAUGAUGAUCAGUUUGGUCAUCAUUAUGAUCAUCAAAAAACUGAUCGUGAUGAUAAAAAAAAUAAUGUUGUGUUGCUAAAUAAUAAUCCUUUGAAAUCUGGAGUUACAUGCAGUGACUCUUCUUCUGCUUCUUCUGCUAAUAAUACCAUCAAUGUCAUUAAUAUCAAUUCUGCUGCUGAGUUUAAAUCUAACAGGAAAAGGAAUGGGACAGGGCAAGAUAUUACAGUGCAGGGCAAAACUAAGAGUAACACCAUAGCCAAAGCUCAGAGAAGUAGUAAAAAGACCAAAAUGGAUAAUCCCAUUUCUACUGCCCAGCCAAAGGCAAGGAAAGCGAAACUAGGAGAAAGAAUCACUGCAUUACAACAGCUUGUAUCACCUUAUGGCAAGAGUGAUACAGCAUCAGUACUACAUGAAGCAAUGGGAUACAUCAAAUUUUUACAAGACCAGCUUCAGGUGCUGUGCUCUCCUUACCUGCAGCACCACCCUGAGGGUGAAAAAAAUGGAGAAGAAUUGGCAAAGGAAUUGAGGAGCAGAGGAUUAUGUUUGGUUCCAGUGGAAUACACCAUACACGUGGCAAGCAGCAACGGUGCCGAUUACUGGUCACCGGCAAUGGUCAACAAUUUCUCACCAUCUUCAUCAACAAAGCAGUGAAACUCCAGUAUGCAUCUAUCAUAUAAUUUUGAUCAAAAGGAUAAAAAACAAAAAGAAAAAACAAGGGGUAAUUUUCAUCGAUAGUCACUCAACUUUAGCUUUUAUCCCACUAUAGUCCCUAAGCUUUAAUCCAUUAUUGUAUUCUCUCAAUUUUUAUUUUCUAUUUGUAUUGUCUUUGAUUCUCUGUUUUCGUCAAAAUUUAAUGCCGUGACGGACAAUUGAAGGGCUAAAAGUCAUAUUGAAUGACUUUAAUUAAAAAAGUACCGUUCCAUUUGGACUUUUUAAAUGUUUGUCACAUCAUUAAAUUUUGACGGAAAUAGAGUUGGAGUGACGUCAGGGACAAUACUAAUAUAAAAUAGAAAUCGAGGAGAAUAUACUUAUGAAUUAAAGUUUAUGGCCUACGGUGGAAGAAAAUGAUAAUUGAGGGACUGCCAAUGAAAAUUACCCGGAAAAAAAAAGUGUAGGUAAAAAGGAUUAAUUGAAACCCUUUUUUGGUUUAGAUUAGAUGUAGUAAGGUAAUCUAAGAAAAGUUAGAAAGAAAGAAGGAAUCUUUAUUUCUUAACUUGUUUUUGGUAGGGACUAGAAUGGCCUUUUAGCAUGACAUUCACUUGUAAAGUUUCUAAGCUUUGACCAGCUGUUAGUGCCAUUUUAAGUAAAAGGCUAGUUGGCUUCUUUGUUA